AUGUCGAUGUCUUUAUGGACACCAUACGCGGACGAAGCGGCCCUGGACCUGACAAAAGCGGUACCGAUAAAGGCGGAGCGCGCCUCGCCGGUACCCGAGUACCGUUACCCGAGCCCGGUACCCCAGUACCCUUACUACGCUGCGCCUCAACUGUCACCUACAUCUGGAAGCACCUGUUCAUAUGAAGAAGCGUACAACAGGGGAACUUUAUCACCGCCGGAUUCACCAUCGUCAGAGAGAUUAAAAGAUUCGCUGUCAGACGACCCGGAGUUUCAAGCGUUCGAGCGUAACGCGCUGCGAGCGAUGGCGGAGAAGAACGGAGGCUCCCUAUUGGGCAAUAAUCCUAGAAUGCGUCGCGCCGUGCGUUCGACCAAUGAGAAUCCUGCUGAUGACUCGUACCGGUCGCAGCGGCAGAGGAACAACUUCGCAGCGAAGCAGAGUAGAGACCGGAGGAAGUUGAGGGAGAUCCAUUUGGCGCUGAAGGCUACUUAUUUGGGCAACGAAGUGGCGAGACUGAGGGCUCAGCUGGCUAGUCGGUGUUGUGGAAGGUGCCAGCAUCCUUGCGAAUGCUAA